UUCACACAUUUCUCUUCAGGUGUUGAAAGUCUCUGUAAUAUCAAACAGAGAUGGCAUUUGUGGGUCCACUAGUCUUUUUGCAGAGAGAGAGAGAAAGAGAGAGAGAGAGAGAGAGAGAGAGAGAGAGAGAGGGAGGUUACUGACAAUCCCAGUGCUCUAUGCAGGAGAAGAAAAUCUUCCUUUGUGUAGAAUAAACCAAAUCAGCCAAGUAGGAGGACAAGAUGAGAGCAGGGGUUUUGUGGAUGGUGAUGGUGUGUUUGAGUGAUGGAAAGGUCCCACAAUGCUCAGUUGGGCCGACCGUCAUAGUGUCUAAACUCAGUAAAGUAUCCGUGCCCUGUCCAUCUGCCAUGGCCAGCUCAGAGUUCAAGUAUCAGCUACUUUUCAAUGGCAGCUGCAUCAGCCAAAUACGUCAUGAGUUGGACAAUGUAGAAAAUGUGUUCUCUGGUCAGUUUAAAGUCACAGCCAACGACAGCGGAGAGUACAUCUGCAUGACGGUGUUGAUUUAUCCUCCACCACGCAGAAAGUACUGUCACAUCACUGAAGUCAGGGUGGCAGAAAAGCAGUCUUUUGCAGUCAAUGACGCUGUCCUGGUAGCCAAUCAGAGCUCUGCAGCUGUCCCGUCAGGCUGUUCUCCAUCCAUCCCAGAGGUGGUGAUGUGGGUGGGAUGUGGUGUUUUAUUUCUCUACGGCCUGUCAAUCACCUGCAUUACCAUUGCUAUCUGGAGGAAGAUGAAGAGAGAUGAAGAGGAUACAAACGUGUAUGUUAACCUCCGACCCGGAGAGGUCAGGAAACCCAAACAAAGUUUAACAACAGUUUGUGCCAAUUAUAAAGACAAGUCGGUUAUUAAAGCCACGGAUGUUUUGUGAGAGCUCUCAGAUGUGCAAAUCACAAGCCUGCAGUUUAUGUACAUAGUUUUUUAAAAUACAAAACAACAUGAAAAAGUGGAAAAACAGCAGGUAGCAAAGUGAUGCACCAAACAGAGAGCAUUCAUCUGUUGCACAAAACAUG